AAACGACACCGGUUUGUUUUGACAGUAGGCGGAUCCGUCACAGGACUGUGCGUCGCAGGUGGUUUGCGUAAAGGAGCCAGCAAAACAGACGUGCGAGCAUAAAUACAGUAGCAUCCUGUGGGAAAGGUGUCACUGUGUAUAGUAUGUUUAGAUUGUAGGUGUUUUUGAAAUGCAUGUUUUUGUUAUUGUUGAGCCUGUCUCCUGCAUCAUGAGCUCAAAGAUGAAAUGCCAUCGUAUUUGUGUGAAGUCACAUGCUGUUAAAGCUGCAGAACUUACAUAGAUCCAUAAUAAGAACACCUGCAGGAGUUGCAGCACAGUUGGUGUACUGUAGGAGGUUGCUGUGUGAUUUUGCAGUGCUCACUCGCAUCAUGAUUCAUUGCAAAAGUUGACAAAUCAAAAAACUAAUCCUGGCUGAAUUAAAGUAGUCCCUUUGGCUUUUGGAUAUUUGUUUCUGUUUAUCCCUCUUUUCGGCUUGGAGGAUCAGGGAUUUGAUUAAACUUGAUUAAGAUUAUGGGUUAAGAUUUUGAUGGUGGAUUUUCUGAAAAGCCAUCUGCUUUAUUUACUGUCCUAUCUAUGUGAUUUAUCUAUCUGUUUGGAGUAUAAUUUGAGACAAGGUUCCUUUUCUUGAUCAGGAUGUAUGAGGAAGUUUGGACCACAUGGAUACUUUUUAAUGCAGUAUGGUUAAGCUUGUCAUGAAUACAGAUGCUAAAUCACACAUGCAGAAAGUUUUGUAUUCCUUAUGUUGUUUAUAGCAGAGCAAGGGGCACCCUCACAGUUUAAGUAUACAAUUUUGACUGAAACAUACACUCAUUUGCAGAUGUAUACAACACUCUGCAAUACACCUGAACCAUCUGAAUUAGGAGCUUUCUGGAAUUGUUUCAAAUGAAAACUAUUUUAGUCUUGCUUAAGGUAGCAUUUAUUGCAGCACUGACAUAUUAAUAAGCAUUGGUUUAAACAGUGUGAAACUAAUACACACUGGCAGCUGAGUGUAUUAUGGUAACAGUUUUUGCAGAGGGAGGUUUCACCAUGAGAAGCUCAACCCAUAGACUAAAGUUGUUUCCCGCCCAUAGCCUAAAAGCCAGCCCCACCCCUUGCUGUUGUACUUGGUUUCAUAAUACAGCUCUCUCAGUGUGUGUGUGUGUGGAGCUUAUCCGAGAAGUCACUGAAGGAAUAACCGUCCUUAAGAGGAGUCUUCCUAAUACAACGUGAAAGAGGAGCGUCACUACUUCUGUCCAGGCUCCACAAGCCUUUCCUUCCUGUUUGCCGACCAAAGGAGAAGAGACGAGUCAUUCAUUACAGCUUCUCUGGCGUCUGUAGCCUCCGUCAGCAACCAGCCAGAGCCAACAUGCAGGAAGAGUCUAAAAACAGAAGAAUGAACAUGGAUUUUUCCCAACUGCACACAUAUACACCGCCGCAGUGUGCUCCGGAGAACACCGGCUAUACCUACUCUCUCAGCUCCAGCUACUCCACAAGAGCGUUAGAGUUUGAGAAGGAGCACCAGAUUGCUGCCGUGUACGAGUCGCCCAGGAUGUCACGGCGGAGCCUGCGUCUGCAGACCAGUGCCAGUCACUAUGACAACGGGACUCUGGCUGAUUACUCUCAGAACCACAGCAGUAGCAGCAGUAGCUACACCAGCACACGGAGAGAGACGCGGACGCUGCGCAGCAAAAAGCAGCAGUCCAGUUCCGGCUCCUUGUCCCUUUCCCUGAGUCAGACUCAAACCGCCACACCGCGGAAAACCCUCGCCUUCUCAGCCGUUAGCACCCCCAUCAACAGCAGCAGCAUUCAGGAGAGCCACCAAGAGUGUGAUGCCUCGCUGCUAACCCCCAUCGUCGACCAGUCCCACCUGAGACAACGCACCAUCACCACAACCUCCACAUCUGUGGAUGGACACUGGGCGCGGAGUCACAGCUCUGACCACAAUUCGUCGACUAUCAACGGCGAUGCCAGUGCGUCCAAGUCCCACACCUCCCUCGCCAAUGGGUACAUCUGCAAAGACUGCUCUCUUCACUCUCAUAAGACGGACUCCCAUAGCACGCAGUCUUCAUCACUAUUAACAUCAUCAUCUCAGGCUGCCGUAGCUUCCACAGAUGCCCUCUUCUCCUCCUCCACUUCAUCGCCUUUCACAAGUGUGUACUCCAGAGACAGGAGUAGACGGAACAAGACAGGUGUGCUGGUGUCUGUGUCUAACACGUGUGUGCGCUACAGCAAACGAGCCUUGGCGCCCAUUGUGACCUUAGUCACCCUGCUCUACAACAAUGUGCUCUGGCUUGGUUCAAGGGUCAAAAGCCCUCCAGGAAAAGGUGUGUUAACUUCGUUUUCCGACUCCAUGAGACAAGCAGCGUCCUCCAGUCUGUCCCAACUGUGGCUGUUAAAGCAGAACACGCUCCACAGGGUGAUGGGCCACAGGUCCAAAGGCUAUGAAGGACAAGCCCACUCAAGUUACUGUGGAAGCAUGAACGUGAAGGGGCUGAUGACUGAAGAUGCGUCACAUCUUAAACUCAAUGGUUCCCUAUGUUACUGCCUCCUCCAGCCGGGUUACUGCGUGGUGAGAGCGGGGAAAGCGUUGGGCUCAGGAGCUGGGAGCGUACUGCAAAGGCUGCUCUCUCUGUUCUGGAUGCUCCUGGCAGCUCCAGUGAAGGCAGGCAGGGGACUUCUGUGCUUUCUUGCAUUGGGAUGGUACCAGCUGGUGUCUCUCAUGUCUCUCCUCAAUGUCUUCUUUCUGACACGGUGCCUUCCCAAGCUCUGGAAACUCCUGCUGCUCCUUUUACCCCUUUUGCUCCUUCUUGCUUUAUGGUUUUGGGGUCCGUCCACUGCUGCCCUGCUCGCUUAUCUUCCGGCCAUUAACUUAACCGAGUGGCGUCCUGCCUCUCCCCUAGCCCUCCUGUCUAACUUAGUGCCAGCUUCUGCUCCAGCUCCUGCCUCUGUCCCCGUCCCUGCACCAGAGACUCCACUAGAACAAACCCCAGCCACACCAGUCUCACAGGCACCGCCGAUCCUUCCCCCGCUGGCCGUCUCUAGCCUUGAUUUAGAGCGACUGGAACGUGUGGAGCAGCAACUCGCCCUGCUGUGGGGACGCGUCAAAAAGGGUGACGAAAAUCAAGCGCAGCGUCAUGGGGAGGUUUUGGGUCUCUACAGCACCCUGAAGGAGCAGCUCCACACUCAGACGGACAGGGAGAGCUUGGGACUGUGGGUGUCCUCCCUGCUGGAGGAGAGGCUGGGCGUUGUGACGGGAGAGCUGGAACAGCAGAACACUAACAGAGUAAAGAGCGAAGAGAAGCAGAAAGAGCACCAAGAGAGUCAUGCAUCACGGCUGGCUGAAUUAGAACUUCUGCUGAGCACUCUGGCUGCCAAAACUGAGGAGGUUCAGCAGAAGCAGCAGAAAUAUGAGCACGAGAAACGGGAAGAACCGGUCAAAGAGGUUUCCACUCCAGCAGCAGACUCAGACCCUGUCAGUGUGGGUGUGAAGCAGGAGGACCAUGAUGCUCUGCUUGUGGAGGUGCAGAGACUUGAGGUGGAGCUUGGCAAAAUCCGACAGGACCUGCAGGGGGUUUUGGGAUGUAAGGGCAAGUGUGAGCAGCUGGACAUGCUGCAGGAGACGAUAUCAGCCCAGGUGUCCUCUCAGGUGUCCUCUCAGGUGUCCUCUCAGGUGUCCUCUCAGGUGCGUAAGGAGUUGCAGGCUCUGUUCUUCGGCAGUGGGUCAGGAGAGCAGCAUGGAGAGGUGCCUGAGUCGCUGGUCCUCUGGCUAUCUCAGCGCUACGUUAACACACCAGACCUGCAGGCCUCCCUGGCCUCCCUGGAGCUGAGCAUCCUGAGAAACGUGUCCCUGCAGCUGGAGCAGAACCGGGCCCAGACCUUGGGUGAAGCUGAAUCCCAAGCCAAGAGCAUCGUUCAGACGGUGACCGGGAGCGUCCAGCACACUGCCUCUACUGAGGGGAUGUCAGAAGAGCAAGUGAAGCUGAUUGUCCAGAACGCUCUGAGGCUCUACUCCCAGGAUCGAACAGGCCAGGUGGACUACGCGCUGGAGUCUGGAGGUGGAAGCAUCCUCAGUACUCGCUGCUCGGAGACAUAUGAGACCAAGACGGCCCUCAUGAGUCUGUUCGGCCUGCCCCUCUGGUACUUCUCCCAGUCUCCACGGGUGGUCAUCCAGCCUGAUGUGUAUCCUGGUAACUGCUGGGCAUUCAAAGGCUCUCAGGGCUACCUGGUAAUCCGGUUAUCCUUAAGGAUCCUUCCUACAUCCUUUUGCGUGGAGCACAUCCCCAAGGCCCUGUCCCCCACUGGAAACAUCACCAGCGCCCCACAAAACUUCACUGUCUUUGGGCUAGACGAUGAGUACCAGGAGGAGGGAAAGCUGCUCGGGCAGUACACAUACCAGGAAGACGGAGAGUCACUUCAAACAUUUCCUGUCAUGGAACAAAAUGACAAGAGCUUCCAGAUCAUCGAGGUGCGGGUGCUCUCCAACUGGGGUCACCCUGAAUACACCUGCAUGUACCGCUUCAGAGUCCACGGAGAUCCUCGGCCUCAGUGAACCAAUCACCACCACACACACAGUCAUGUAUGACAUAUCAACCUAUCUGUACAUAGCUCUCGCCAACUUCUUUUAAAAAGGAGGGGACUCGGAGGUAAAUGAUGGACGUUUUGAAAGACAAAGGAGACAAAGAAAUUGUGGAUUAAUAAAGGAAUGUGCACAGACUGAAUCAUGGACAAGUGUUUUGUUGAAAGAAUCACAGGAAAGUCUGUAUGGGAUCUGUCAUGAACACAGAGGAGGAAUGGAACCACAGAAGUAAAUUAAACUCCGAGCCCCCUUUUCUAAGAGGUCUCUUGCACUGAAUAAGCCCGCGAUGGCGACAGGCUCUGACCUGAGCAGACAUAUCCAUGGACGAAUGAAAUGGGGGGCACUAAGGACUUUUCUCCUCCAUUUCUUUACACACUGCAUCUCAGUUUGAUUUCUUGUUUUACUCAUAUUAUUUUUCACUUUAUUUCAGGAUCAAAGCCACUACACCUUUGCAUGUAACCAUUUUUGUCCAUUUGUCGCCGUCAAGUUUUUCAGCAGUGACUUUAACCGAGCUGUUUGGUUGGCCUGCUGGACUGAAAUGCACCAGACUGGACAUGAAAAGUUCACUACUUCCGAGGCUCGGCUUCAUGCAUCCAUACAGCCAUAACUACGAUUUCUUCUGUUGGGACUGAACAUGCCGCUUCUAGUCAGGCUCUAAAUGUUCUCUCAAGCUGAAGCUGGAUGCAAGUCAUCCUCAAACGUCACAGUGAUACUAUAUAACCACCGACAUGAGCUCUAGGUGUUCAGAGGAUAAGACGCUCCUCACUUUGUACAAAUUACCUGUAUGAUUAUGGCUGCACUCUAGGAUUCAUUCUAGCAUGUGACUCCCCUGGAACCGGCUCUUGCACCAUGUAUUAACACUAGAGUGUGUCUGCGCUGAAGGUUUGAGUCCUGGGCAGGCAUCUCAAAUUAACAAUCAUUUUUCAAAGAUAAAUAAGUGCUCCUGUAGAAAAAAAGUAGGAUUUUCUUUCAGUUUCUUUGAAGAGGAAGCUCUUGCUGUCUCCCUCUGGCUUAGUUUUAAACGUCCUCCUCACAUGAGCUCCCUUUAUUCUUAAAACCUGAAGGAAUGUAAACUGUAUAUUUCAUUGUUGAUAGUCAGUCCUUUAUAAUAACUGCUUUUAUCAGUGUUGCUUUAUAAAAAAAAUCUUAUUAUUAUUGUAUCACUACCAUUGUUUCUACUGUUACUCAAUGUGUUGUUUUGCUUUUCUUUUCCUUUUUUUCCCCUUUUUUUUUUUAAUUUGGGGGUUUGUUAAUCUAAGGAUGCACUGCAACAACUUGUUAGAGGAAUGUUUGUGGCACCGGUCUUCACGAUGACUUCAAAAGGGGGGUAACAAACGGGCGGGAGGUCCUAAAUGUUAUGUAUAAAAAUGUUUUGUUCACAAUCUUAUUUAUUAACAAGUAAAUUAGUGACUGCAAAAAUAUGAGUUACUGCAAUGUAUAUUUUGUCAAAAGCUGUUCAGUGCAUUUUGAAACCAUCUUGGGACUUUUUUUUAAGAUAAGAGGCUAUUUUUGUUUAGUCAUGAGAUGGCUUUACUGCUUUGGAAUAUAUUCCAAUAAAGACUUUAAUUUUGA